AAAAAGUUAUUAUUCCUGAUCAGAACAAAUCCGGUUAGAAGCUUUGAAAUAUAAUGGGAAACUUUUACGAAAACUUCUCCAUGCAUACUGAAUAUGGAGCAGUGGCAGCAACUGCAGCAGCCAUCAUCAUCUUUGGAGGCAUUUAUGUUGCAUGGGAUUAUGCAAGUCGUGCUCUAAAAAGAAAACAUGUUCUGUCGAGGUCCAUGUCCAUUGGGGUUCUCCAUGGUGGCAAACUGUCGUUGCAGAGAAUGAUUAAUUAUCAUCAAGCCCGAGCAGAUCCACAAAUAGCAGAUAGACCUGAGAAUGAUUUGAAUUCAUUACUUAACGCCACGCAUCCUGAUUUAUGGAAGCUGCGGAGUGCUGUAGCAAAGCUGGAAAUGAGUGGAAAAGAAAAGGAGGCAGUGAGAACACUAGAAAAAGCAUUGGAAAAGGCCCGUAAGGAUCAGAAAGCACAUGAAGCCUACGAGAUUGAAAUGUUACUUGUGGAAAUGCUUAUCUACAAGGGAGAUUUCGGGAAGGCUUCUGAAUGCAAAUGCUUGGAGCAUGUACAGAUUUCAGAUGCACGGCGUCCACUAUACAAGGCUAUUCUUCACAUAUUGUCGGAGCACCCAGAGGACGAAGCCUCAAAAUAUUGGAAGGAUUUUGAGGCAAUUCGAAUUCACUUUCUAUGGCAACCUAGUGUGCAAGAAGACGAAGUACUGGACGUCGUCGUUUCGAAUUUUGAAGAGUUUAAGGAGGUCGUCAAUUUGCUCAAAAAUGAUAUUCAAGAAGCUGGGGAGGCGAAGAAAAGAAAGAAAACACAAAAGUAAUAGACAUGUUAAUUAGAAAUAAGAUUUGGAGUUCCUUACCUACUAUUGAAGCACAACUCUCCAAGACAAAAAAGGAGUCCAUCUCAUCUCCAACACUAACGAAGAUACAGAAGAUUAAUGUUAUUUUGAAUAUUGCUGCAUAUCAACAUUAUUUGAAUUUGUAUUUGCAUUUUCAAAGAGUCCUAUAUAUCUUAGCAACACUUAUCUUGUAAAGCUUAUUUACAAUCCUACCAAAAUGUAAAUAAAUAAAUAAA